CAUUAAUCUUUCAAAUAAAUUUUCAUAACAGUUCCAUUUUUCGGUAAGGUUUUAUAAUUAUCUUCGUGUGAAAUGCCUUUAAAAAUGAUUUUAUAAAUUUUUAGAAAAAACUUUCCACACAAAUCGUUGAGAAGAAAAUCUAUCUUAUCCACUCGCUCUUUCUCAUCCCAGAAGUCCCACAAACCCGUUUUGAAAAAUGUCGUCAGCUUCUUGUUCCUCCGCCGUGGCGGUAUCCGCCGCAGCCACCGCUUCCUCCACCGCUACCUUUAAUCCAUUACUCUUUUCCCACUCCAACUUCCGGCUCUUCUAUCGCUUCACACCAAAAUCUUUCAAACUCGUUGCUAAUUGCCCUAAUCCACUGAUCCUCCAUUCAAAUAUCCGUCGCCACCGCUUCUUCUGCGCCGCCGAAACCGAAGCUAGUUCUGCCGAUGAAGAAAUCCAGGCAUCACUAGAAGAAGAAGAAGAAGUAGAAGAAGAAGAAGAAGAAGAAGUAGAGGAAGAAGACGCAGAUGAAAAACAGACGACACAAGCGAGUGGUGAAGAAGGGAGGCUUUACGUUGGUAAUUUACCUUACACAAUCACUUCCUCUGAGCUCUCUCAGCUUUUUGGAGAAGCUGGCAAUGUCGUCGAUGUUCAGAUUGUUUAUGAUAAAGUUACUGAUAGAAGCAGAGGAUUUGGAUUUGUAACCAUGGGAACCAUUGAAGAAGCUAAGGAAGCGAUUCAGAUGUUUAACAGCUCUCAAAUUGGUGGUAGAACGGUGAAAGUGAACCUCCCGGAGGUGCCGAGAGGUGGAGAAAGAGAAGUAAUGAGAACCAAAAUCCGUGAUAAUAACCGAAGUUAUGUUGAUAGUCCUCAUAAGAUAUAUGCAGGAAACCUUGGUUGGAAUCUAACUUCACAAGGUCUAAAAGAUGCAUUUGGUGAUCAACCUGGUGUGCUUGGUGCUAAAGUUAUCUAUGAAAGAAAUACUGGGAGGUCUCGGGGAUUUGGUUUCAUCUCUUUUGAGUCAGCGGAAGAUGUUCAGUCUGCUUUGGCUACCAUGAAUGGCGUGGAAGUUGAAGGACGAGCGCUGAGGCUAAAUUUGGCUUCAGAGAGAGAGAGACCCACUGUGUCUCCUCCGUCUGUAGAAGAAGGAGAAACCAAAGAUGUCAGUCUAGAGAGUAGCGAGGUGCUUUCGAAUGUUAGUACAUGAAGAAAGCAAUGGCACAAUAGAUUCCAGUUUCAGACUGAUCAGCUCGAGGGCCAGAAAUGAAAAUUUUGUUGUCUUUAUAAAUGUGUUGUUGUAUUCUACUGAGGCUGAAGAAGAAGACAAGAUAUGAGAUAGAAAACAAGAGAUUGUUUGUAAUUUUUAUUGAGAAUGCUUUUAAUCCAUAAAUGGUGUAAUGUAACAUAUCUUGAUUCCGAUAAACGCGAAUUUAUGUCA